CCCGCCUCUUCUACGCCUACUUGAUGCAAGUGUUUUAAAGGGGCUGUGCAGCAGAUGUACACACAGACUGCAAUCACUCCGGCUUGGAGGCUGAACGAGCAUCACAAGAACAAUGCGUACCCUCCUUCUACUUCUCGUGCUGGGCGUCUGUGCCUCAUGGGUGUCGUGCAAACCGACCCAGGAGAAGAAAGACCGUGUCCACCACAGCAAGGACCUGAGCGACCACGCACAUGACGACAGCCAGGACUUCCAGUACGACCACGAAGCCUUUCUAGGCAAAGAAGAGGCGAAGACGUUUGACCAGCUCACUCCUGAGGAAAGCCAAGAGCGCCUGGGGAAGAUAGUUGAUAAGAUAGACAAGAAUAAAGAUGGCUUCAUUACUGGCAAGGAGCUGACAGAAUGGAUCACGCACACCCAGAAGCGAUACAUCUAUGAGAAUGUGAACAAGCACUGGGUAGAUUACGAUCAGAACAAAGACGAUAAGAUCUCCUGGGAAGAGUACAAGAACACCACAUAUGGGUAUGCUGCAGGAGAAGAGGAGUUUUACGAUGUUCCUGAUAAAGAAAGAUACCGCCAGAUGAUGAGACGCGAUGAGAGAAGAUUUAAGCAAGCAGACAAAGAUGGUGACCUGAUCGCCACCAGGGAAGAGUUCACAGCAUUCCUGCACCCAGAAGAGUUUGACUAUAUGCAGGACAUCGUAGUCACGGAAACCAUCGAGGACAUAGAUAAAAACGGAGAUGGUUCAGUGGAUGUUAAUGAAUACAUUGCUGACAUGUACACACCUGAACCUGAUGAACCAGAACCUGAAUGGGUUAAAUCUGAGCGCCAGCAGUUUGCAGAUCAUCGUGACUUGAAUAAGGAUGGCAAGAUGGACCGGUCCGAAAUCAGCCAUUGGAUCAAACCUCAUGAGUAUGACCACGCAGACUUAGAGGCCAAACAUCUAAUCUAUGAGUCCGACAAAGACAAGGACGAUAAACUGACAAAGAAAGAAAUCUUGGACAACUGGAACAUGUUUGUGGGUAGUCAGGCAACUAACUACGGUGAAGACUUGACCAGGCGGCAUGAUGAAUUUUAACCGUCAUUACCUUUCUGCUCCUGAACGAGCGUUUAACACCUCAGCACAUUGCUGGUUACUUACAGAUUGGAUUCUGAAGCUGUGUAUAGUGUUACUGAAGAUUUCUCUAAUGCUCAGGACAUAGGACUGGUGAUCGCAUGGUGAUGAUGCCAUCUGUCCCUUUAGCCUCCUUCCUGCAGUAAGGCCAGACACUCACCAUUGAGUUCAAGGUGAUAAACUUGUAGCAUGUAAGUGAGGGGUCCCUUUCUGACCUCCCCUCCUCUGACAGGAU